UUUGGGGACUUCAGUUCUGAGCCUGAACUCACUGAAACUGUCCACAUCCAAAGACUGAGCGAUGGACUGUGGAGGGACGAUGGAGGUGGCGGCGCUCGGUCGACCUUUCUGCCUCGGGAUGUUUUACGACUGCCGCAGAGACUUACUCGUACCUGGAAUGACACUGUGGGACCACGAUGACCUGAAAAAUCACAUACGAGAAAAGCCACAGAACUAUAGCGAUUUUGAAAUAGUUGCAUCAGAAACGAUUGAGGACAAAUCUUCAGCUCUAAAUGUUGAAGCAUCCCUGAAGGCCAGUUUCUUGAGUGGGCUGGUUGAGGUUGACGGUUCUGCCAAGUACCUGAAAGACAAGAAGGCUUCCAGAAAUCUGGCCAGGGUCACACUGCAGUACAAGGCUACCACAAAGUUCCAGGAACUGUCAAUGAAUCAUCUCGGACGAGGCAACAUGAAGCAUCCGUAUGUGUUUGAUAAGAGAAUAGCAACACAUGUAGUCACGGCUAUUCUUUAUGGGGCACACGCCUUCUUUGUCUUUGACCGUGAGGUGUCAGAAAAAGAAGAUCACCAAGACAUUCGGGGCAAAUUGAAAGCAAUGAUCAAGAUGAUCCCUGGUCUUGCUAUUGAGGGUGAAGCUACCCUGAAAAUGGAAAACAAGGAAAUGGUUGAGAAAUUCUCCUGCAGAUUCUAUGGAGACUUCUCUCUUCCUAAACCCCCAUCAUCCUUUCAGGAUGCCAUACAGGUUUAUCAAAGCCUGCCGAAGUUGCUGGGACUCAGUGGAGAAAAUGCGGUGCCAGUGAAGGUCUGGUUGUUGCCACUGACAAUUUUAGAUUCUUCUGCUGCUCAACUUGUUUGUCAGAUACAUAUAAGAUUAGUUCAGGAGGCUCAAAGAGUCCUGGAGGACAUGAGUGAGCUGGACAUCAGAUGCAACGACGCAAUGAGAACAACGACUGCACAGCAGUUCCCGCAGAUCUGCAAAAAACUGAAACUCUUCAAAGAAAAAUGCUCCGAGUUCAAGCUUGAAUUUCAACUGAACUUGAAAGGGAAACUUCCUGCAAUCCGAGAAGGAGGUGAAGAGGAGGCUUCACUCACAGAAAUCCUGAUGAAGAGACAUUCGUCUCCUUUCAACAGUGAACACCUGACUGAGUGGUUGGACUGUAAAGAGAGAGAAAUAUGCGUUUUAAAAUCUGUCACCAACAUGAUGAAAAACACAAAGAUUGUCCCAUCUCAGAAUGGUCUUCACGAGGAAACUCUCAGUGCAGAGCACGCUGUGUGUUUUGUCUUUACCUCACUAGGAAAUGCUGAACCGUACCUCUUAGCUUUAUCAAACUAUGCAAAAAUAACAACCAAACCAGACGACCCUCAAGAUCCACAAGCUUACGAUGUAGAGAAGGAGCAAUGGUAUCUUUCAAGUGAAGUAUCUGACACAAUGAGGAAACAAGCAAAGCUCUUCAGUGAUUUUGCAGAGUCCAACAAGGAGAACAAGAACAUUAAGUUCCUGUCAAUGGGUUUGACAAAUGAGACAUUAAAAGGUUCCAGCAUCUACCUUUAUAAAGACGGCUCCUGUGUUAACGACAGCUUUCAACCACCUUCAAAACCUGAAACUGUGACAGUAAGCAACAUAAGCCACAACACAGUGACACUGCAUAUUUCUCCUCCCAAAUGUGGAGCGGAGGACGUCACCUCCUACUCUGUUGAGUACUGUGUCCGUGGAGAGGAUGGAUGGCAACAGAAGAUGGUGUUAAAGGCUGAGGAGGUCAAAGUGAGCGACCUGAAUCCUAACACAGAGUAUGUGUUCAGAUGCAGAGCUGUCACCUCAGUAGGAGUCGGACCAGUCCAUGAGGUCAGUGGAACCAUUAAAACUCUGCCCUGCAGCCCUCCUGGAAAACCCCAAGUGGAAUCAAACUCAAGUGAAAUAUCUGUUAGCUGGCAGAGACCUGCUGAGGUUGGACGAGAUGUCCAGCAGCUGAGCUACAUCAUAGAGUACGCCCAAACAGACAAUGGGGUGAAAAGUGAAGAUCUGCAGUGGAGCCAAACAAUGUCAAGAGCUGAAAGGGCGAUCAUUUCAGGGCUCAAGUCAGAGACAGAGUAUGUUGUCAGGGUCAGAUGCGACUAUGGUGUCGCUGGCAGGAGCAAGGAAAGCAUUGCUGUUAAUGUCCACACAACAAAACUCUCCCUUCUCACUGAAUCACUCAAACGUACAAGUGAAAGGAUUAAUUCUGAAUCCCCAUACAUUUACAAACUGCCCCUGACAGAAGUCGACGUGAACAUAGGAGAAUGCCGAAGGUUUAACUUUGGCAAAGAAGGCCUGAGGAGAAACCGCAGCAUAAUUCUUUUAGAAGUACCGGGAUCAGAAACGUCCACUCUGAUCAAUGGAAUGAUCAACUACAUUGUGGGUGUAGAGUGGAAGGACAAUUUCCGAUUCAAGUUAAUUGACGAGGCUCAGUUAAGUUGUCAAGUGAAAGGUCAGACCUCGGAAGUGGUCGAGUACAAAAUCAACCACCAGGACGGUUUUAAAAUCGACUACUCACUGACCAUUGUUGACAUUGCAGUCGAAGGCCGACCACAGAAGUAUCUGUACAAUCUCUCCACUGCUGAGCAAGGUGUCAAAGAAAUCAACGCAGUGUGUAUCGUAGCUCCGGCUGCUUUAACACAACUCACACAAAGGCAGAAAUAUUUUUUGAAACGAUUUCUCUCAUGCAUCAAAAACAACGUGGCAGAAAAUGUCAGGGUUCUCGUGACAUUCGCAGAUGGCAGGCGUCCACCAGUUCUCGAGGCAAUCAGUGCUGCAGGUGUCCCGUGUCCGAAAGCAGAAGACGGACUGCCACUUCACUUCAAGUUCAAUAAUUCAGCAUUGUUUGCAAACAACAAAUCGUCUGCAGCAGCGAGCACGAGUGAAGACGACGAAAACGCAAACUACGAUCAGAUGUUUUGGAACGUGGGGACAAAAAGCAUGAAGAUGUUUUUUGAUACUGUGAAUGAAAUGGAAAGCUUGAUAAUUAGCGAGGCACAUUCAAUUAUUCAUCUUUCGGAAUUACUCAGAGACAUUGGCCAUAAAUUGGAUCAAGACCUCUGAUCACUCCUGCACAAACUCUGACUACAAAUGACGUCAUCACCACAAGAUGGCAGCGUUCGUAUCGGAGAUGUUUUGGCUUCAUUUUGCAGAGUGGGAGGAAGUGGAGACGUGUCGUCCGUCUUUAUUUACAGUCACUGAUUGUCUGUAGAUAAAGUGACCAAGUAAAACUUAGCUCUAAAUUGAUAUUUCAGUUCUUUGUAUUUGCUUUUAACAAAAAAUGAAAACAGAGAUUUAUGCCGUGUUCCAUUGCAGCUCAGAACUCGGAAUGAUGUCACACCUGAAAAACCUGAGUUGAUAGGAACAAUGUGUACGUUAGCCAGCUAGCCAUUAUUUGCAAAACCAGUUCAUGAUGACGCAUUACGUGGCAUUUCAUGCAUACCCACCCCGUCCACAGACAGUAACUGGACGCUAGCUGUACGACACAUUUAAUCAAAGUUGUGUUAAUAAACAGUUAAAACUUCAGCUUUCAUUACUGCUGCUGCAUGGAUUUUAAAGUUGGGGGUGGUGAGGCUCCUCCCACUUUCUGAGUCAAAAUUCCAACUUGAGGGGGCGUGCCAGUUGCAACUUCCGAGGUCUGUCAUUCUGAGGUGUAAUGGAACGCAGCAUUACAGUGUGUGGUGACAGAUAUAAAAUACACAUGUUUAUAUAAAACUCUAUAUGUGGUAUAAAACAUCAGGAUAGUAACUUCACAAAAUGUACAUUAUUCACGUUAUCCGCUUCCGUUUUAUUUUGACAUUUUUAACAGGUGACGUGAUGGUUCACUCGUUAGAUGAUGACCAACAAAGUCUCUGUUACCAUGUUUACUUUUAGCUGUUGAACCAUCGGAUCAUUUACUCAACAACCUCACAUGGACAUAAUGAAAGCCCUUCGUCUGGAACCGAGGCUCUAAGGACAGAGCGUGUCACUUCCUGUACAGAUUGUAAAGCCCUCUGAGGCAACAUGUGUUUGUGAAUUUGGGCUGUACAAAUAAGAUCUGAUUUGAUGAUUUGAUUUGAUUCUCCCAGGCGGUUCCCUGGUGCCAUCCCAGCAUGCUUUGCCCCUCUCCUCUACAUGAUCGUCAGCUUUAACUGUGCAGUCGUAAAUCUCCCUCUUCUCUUCCACAAAACACCUCUGCUGUCUUUGCGCCAUGUUGACUCUGUUAUUGGUGAUGAACAGGAAGCAGCUCAGGAGGCUCAUGUUGUCGUCAACGUUACGACCAAGUGACAGUAAAUCUGAAGUUUCCCCUCGGCGAUGAAACAGUGUGGUUGUGUGUCAGAGUCAGAUGUUACUUCCUGCUGAUUAGUCGGGAUGUGACAAUGCACACGUUUGGUAACUUUUCUCUAAAUAAUAUUUUAUUUCUAUAAUACUACAAACGGUGCCUGUGAGGGGGCGGGGCUAAUACUGUGAGGAUGUUGAUGAGGUGUUUUGAGAGAAUAUCGACCAAUCGGACGUCUUUUCCUCAAACAAAAAUGUUGACCCACUGUUACAGAUGAAUUUUAUACGUUAUUGAUUAAUACAAAGAUAUUGAUUGUAACUCCCCCUCCUCCUCUUCCUCCUCUCAGCUGUUUUUCUUCUGCAACAGAGAAAAUGUAAAUGAGCUGCGACUGAUGCUGGAGGUAAAAUCAGCAACUUUAAUUAAAAAAUUAGCAGCAAACAAACAAAACAAAAACCUACGAACGAUUAAAGGAAAAACAACCUGAAGCAGCAGCAGCGGAAUCUUUUCAUCUGAUUUAAUGAUCAAACAUGAAUUAAUGUGAGAUUACACAAACACACAUCAGCCAUGUGCGUCUGCUGGGGCGUCAUUAAUAACCAAUAUUUUCACAUCAAAUACCGACUUUGAUCCAACAAACACUGGUUCAUCCUCAGGAGAGACGAGACGCUCAGAAGAAUCUAACUGUUUCAUCAUUUUGACUUUUUCGUUUCAACAAAAACAA